UCACAGCUUUCAUUUUAUAAGAAGAAGAAAAAUAUUCAUAUUCAUACUCAGUUAUGGCUAAUCUUGUUAGCAUCUCAAUCUUUGUUUUUCUUCUUGCAAUGUUACUUGCUUCAUUCACCAAAUCUAUUUCUUUCUCAACCACCCUCCCUUUUAUUCCUUUUGUUAUUUACUUCUUUCACUCUAUUAUCAAAACUCCCAUCAACCUCCCCCCAUCUCCUUUCUCCAUUCCAAUCUUUGGCAACUGGCUUCAGGUGGGGAACGACCUCAAUCAUCGGUUUCUUGCUUCCCUUGCGCAAAUCUAUGGCUCCAUAUUCCUCCUCAAACUUGGUUCCAAGAACUUGGUUGUGGUUUCCGACCCUGAGCUUGCUACCCAAGUUCUACAUACACAAGGUGUGGAGUUCGGGUCGCGCCCUCGAAACGUUGUUUUUGAUCUUUUUACAGGCAAUGGACAAGACAUGGUGUUCACAGUUUACGGCGAGCAUUGGCGCAAAAUGCGCAGGAUCAUGACUCUGCCAUUUUUCACUAAUAAAGUGGUGCACCAGUACAGUACUAUGUGGGAAGAAGAGAUGGACUUAGUUGUGGAUGACUUGAACAGAGAUGAGAAAGUGAGAAGCAAAGGCAUUGUGGUGAGGAGACGUUUGCAACUCAUGCUAUACAAUAUCAUGUAUAGGAUGAUGUUUGAUGCAAAGUUUGAGUCCCAAGAAGAUCCUUUGUUCAUUGAAGCAACCAAGUUCAAUUCUGAGAGGAGCCGGUUGGCUCAGAGUUUUGAGUAUAACUACGGAGAUUUUAUUCCUUUGCUUAGACCAUUCUUAAGAGGGUAUUUGAACAAGUGCAGAGACUUGCAGCAAAGGAGGUUGGCUUUUUUCAACGACUACUAUGUUCAGAAAAGGAGGGAUAUCAUGGCGGCGAAUGGAGAAAAACACAAGAUUUCUUGUGCAAUUGAUCACAUAAUUGAUGCUGAGAAUAAGGGAGAGAUAAGUGAACAGAAUGUACUUUACAUUGUUGAGAACAUCAAUGUUGCAGCAAUAGAGACAACUCUAUGGUCCAUGGAAUGGGCAAUAGCCGAGCUUGUUAACCAUCCCGAAGUUCAAAACAAGAUCAGAAACGAACUCUCGACAGUUCUUGGUGGAAAUCCAGUCACAGAAUCCAACCUGCAUGAAUUACCAUAUUUACAAGCUACUGUGAAAGAGACACUAAGGUUGCACACACCAAUUCCCUUGUUGGUUCCCCAUAUGAACCUUGACGAAGCGAAACUGGGAGGCUUCAACAUUCCUAAGGAAUCUAAAGUUGUGGUCAAUGCCUGGUGGUUAGCCAACAAUCCCAAAUGGUGGAAAAAUCCUGAGGAAUUUCGCCCAGAAAGAUUCUUGCAAGAAGAGUCUGCAACGGAUGCUGUUGCUGGUGGGAAAGUGGAUUUCAGGUAUUUACCGUUUGGUGUGGGUAGGCGUAGCUGCCCAGGAAUUAUACUUGCAUUACCAAUUCUGGGGAUUGUGAUUGCAAAAUUGGUAUCCAAUUUUGAGCUGAAAACUCCACCAGGUAUUGAGAAGAUUGAUGUGAGUGAGAAAGGAGGACAGUUUAGCUUGCACAUUGCAAACCAUUCAACAGUGGUCUUCAACCCAAUCAAGGCAUAAAAUGGACUUCCAAUGCAAAAUGUUGGCACUAUAUUUCUAAUUCAAUUUGUACUUGUCACGGAGUGUUUUCAUGUUUUCGCUUAAAAGAUAUUGAAUAAAGUAUUAUCUGUUAGGUACCUGGAACAAUUUCGGCAGCACUAACUUCUGUAAAUCUGUCCCCUGUAAUGAAAUAUGAAUUUCUACUCUACUGUAAUGGACUUUCCCAGCAAUAAAACUCAGUUCAAUUCUUAA